GGCGCUGCCACCGCUUUCUUCGCCUCGCGUCAGGCCAGACAGGACAGGGCAGGGUCGAGGACAGUCGGGUGUACAUUCAGAUCCCCCAGUACUUUGCUAUUGCACGGCCGGGACUCCGGAGCGGCAGAAACUUUCGGGCAACCCCUGCCGCUGCGGUUGGGAGAAGCCAGGACUGCGCCGCCCCUCGCUCGGAUAUGGAGCUGCUGUCGCCGCCGCUCCGCGACGUAGACCUGUCGGGCCCCGACGGCUCUCUCUGCAACUUUGCUACAGCGGACGACUUCUAUGAUGACCCGUGUUUCGACUCCCCAGACCUGCGCUUCUUCGAGGACCUGGACCCGCGCCUUGUGCACGUGGGCGCACUCCUGAAGCCCGAGGAACACGCGCACUUCCCCGCGACCGUGCACCCGGCCCCGGGUGGGCGCGAGGACGAGCAUGUGCGCGCGCCCAGCGGGCACCACCAAGCUGGCCGCUGUCUACUGUGGGCUUGCAAGGCGUGCAAGCGCAAGACCACUAACGCCGACCGCCGCAAGGCGGCCACCAUGCGUGAGCGGCGCCGCCUGAGCAAAGUCAACGAAGCCUUCGAGACGCUCAAGCGCUGCACGUCCAGCAACCCGAACCAGCGGCUGCCCAAGGUGGAGAUCCUGCGCAACGCCAUCCGCUACAUCGAGGGCCUGCAGGCGCUGCUGCGUGACCAGGACGCCGCGCCCCCUGGCGCCGCCGCUGCCUUCUAUGCGCCUGGCCCGCUGCCCCCAGGCCGCGGCGGCGAGCACUAUAGCGGCGACUCGGACGCGUCCAGCCCGCGCUCCAACUGCUCCGACGGCAUGAUGGACUACAGCGGCCCCCCGAGCGGUGCGCGGCGGCGGAACUGCUACGAUGGCACCUACUACAGCGAGGCGCACAGCGAACCGAGGCCCGGGAAGAGUGCUGCGGUGUCCAGCCUUGACUGCCUGUCCAGCAUCGUGGAGCGCAUCUCCACCGAGAGUCCCGCCGCGCCCGCGCUUCUGCUGGCCGACGCGCCGCCGGAGUCGUCUCCCGGCCCGCAGGAGACGGCCACCCCGAGCGAGGGCGAGCGCGGCGCCCCCACCCCUUCCCCCAACGCCGCCGCGCUGUGCCCUGCGGGCGCGAACCCCAACCCCAUCUACCAGGUGCUCUGAGGGGUGGGCGGCCGCGUCGGAGGGCGCUGCUGCCCACCCGCCCGAGGGAGGGUGCCCUCGCGCCGAAAAGAUUGAGCUUAAAUGCCACCUCUCCCCAACCGCGCUUUAAAAGCGACCCAUCCCGAGGUAGGAAAGGCGGGAGAACUGAUGCGUGUUUCCGCCUCCUGCAUCCCAGGACAAGGACACAGUCCUCUUUUUCCACGCAGCACCCUCCCCUGAGACGCGCUGCGAUGGCGGGUCGGCGUUCCUUGGUGGGCCAGAACUGAUCCUCGAGGGGCUAGGCCCAUCCUCUUCCUGGUCUCCUCCCCCAGGGGGCGUGGGACCCCUGCAGACCUAAGCCCCGCCCCCGGACGCCCAGGUCGCUUAAGGGGGCGUGGCCUCUCCUUCCGGGAGCCCUCCCGACGUCCGCUGUUUCCCGUUGUCUGCGGGGUGCGCUCACGUCGCCGGUGCAACUAGUGUACCGGUUACCACUCGCACCCCCUCCCCGGUUCAGGACCACUUUUUGUAAUACUUUUGUAAUCUAUUUCUGUAAAUAAGAGUUGCUUUGCCAGAGCAGGAGCCCCUAGGGCAGUAUUUAUCUCUGAGGCAUGGUGUGCGGUGCAACAGGGACUUUGUAUGUUAUUAUGGCAGGCGAGCGAGCCGCCGGCGCUUGCCAGGUUUUCGAAAU